UUUUUAAGGUGUUUUGUUGUUAAGAUGAUUUUAGUGCUUUAUCAUUUGUUUGCCACCCUGGGCUCUCUUUGGGAGGAAGCCAGACAAGGUAGCUUCCAAACAACAUGUCAGUUAUAUAAUAUUUUGCAUUGUUUUAGUUUUAUCCUGGACACUCAUAUCAGAAGAAUUUGAGUGACCUAUAAAAUUAGGCCAAAUUUCUGACCGAUUCAGUUCAAGCACUUCACCUAGGUGACUGGGGUAAAGUCAAUCUUGUUAAUCGGCAACCUUGUAUUUCAUACUAAUCAUUAACAAAUGCUGGGGUUCAGGAACCCAGGAUAGCUAAGAAGCAUACGUCAUCCACCUUUUAAAAAGAAGCUUUACACUGAUGUGUAACAAAGAGGUAUAGUCUGUGUCGUUGGAGAUGAAUUCUUGCUUUGCUUGGUUUCAUGGCGUUGCGGUAUGUUUUUUCUUUGUAUUUGCUCUCAACUGCUUUGGAGAGGGGAAGAGGCUGCUAGUGAUACCUCAGGAUGGAAGUCAUUGGCUCAGCAUGCAUGCUGUAGUGGAGAAGCUCAGUGAAAGAGGCCAUGAGAUUGUGGUAGUGGCUCCAGAAGUUAAUUUGUUCUUGAAAGAAUCAAAGUACUAUACUAGGAAAACAUUUGCAGUGCCAUAUACACCAGAUGAUCUUGCCCACCGCUUCCUCUUGUUUGGCAGCCAGCCUUUUGAUAAAGUCUCUUUUCCUGCCAUGAUUUUGGGUACAUACAGGAGCAUGAUGCACCUACUUGAGAUGUUUUUCACUAAUUGCAAAAGCCUUCUAAGGAACAGAGAAAUCAUAAAGUACCUGGAAGAGACUCAGUUUGAUGCACUUUUCACAGAUCCAGCUUUGCCAUGUGGAGUCAUCCUAGCUGAACAUCUCUCCAUCCCUUCUGUGUACUUCUUUCGUGGAUUCCCAUGCGGUUUAGAGAAUGCAAUCAGCAAAUGCCCAAACCCAGUGUCUUAUGUCCCAAGAUGCUAUAGCAGCCACACAGAUCACAUGACAUUUACCCAACGAUUGUUGAACCUGCUCAUUAGCUUCUUAGAGACGCCGCUUUUUAAGACGCUGUACAUUCCAUACCAAGACCUGGCUUCAGAACUUCUACAGAGAGAUGUUCAUUUACCAACACUUUACAGGAAUGGCUCUGUUUGGCUUUUACGAUAUGACUUUGUAUUUGAGUAUCCCAGACCUGUGAUGCCAAAUAUGGUCUUCAUUGGAGGAAUAAACUGUGAAGAAGGCAAAACCCUGCCACAGUCUGCCUGGCUUCUCCGUGAACCAGACAUCCUACUAGGAGAUGCUUGGAAGAAAAGAGUCCCUCCUCCCUCAGGGAUCCUGAAUUGUUGCCUGCUCUGUGGAAAGAAAUCAGCUUCCCAGUAUCAUAAACUUGCGGCAUUAGUAGGAGGAAGCUCUCUAAAGGCAUGUCUGAAGCGACUCAUUUCAAAAGCGGUCUAUGGGCCCAUCCAAACUCACCCGGAUACAUCCUUGCAAUGCUGAGAGUGUCAGAUAAAGCCGUUCUACCCCCCCCACACCUCCUCCAAAUAGAGCAAUUUUAUCUCACAAGGAUUUUUCUGUGUGAGUUUGCAGGUCCCAUGGCUGAAAUAGCAGUGUCCCUUUCCUGGGAGGAGGGAGAUGAGAACUGGGAGAGUCUGGGUGUGUGUGUGCAUUACAGAUAUAUUUAUAAUGAACUGAUGAAUGAGGUGGGUGUAAUCCUCUGGCCUGUCAAAGAUUGCUUCAGAUCCUUGGCUUUCAGCCCUCCCCUUACUUCGGGGGAGUGGCUCCUACUUCAUGCUGCUAAGGAGUGGCUUAGGCUGCAAUCCUGAAGGCAUUUACUAAGGAAUAAGCCCCACUGUGCGUAGUGGGACUUACUUCUGAGUCAAUUCCCACAGGAUCGCUUUGUGAAGCAUUUCUUACAUCAGCGCCCCUGCAUCAUACCAACAGCAUCAGACCUGGCUUCAGGGUUCUCCUUCCUGUUGCCUGACCCCAGUGCUGGUGCACAGAUGCGACCAUUCAUUCCCAAGUGCUCCCACCACCACACACAACUCAGGACACGCCCAAACUUCUCCCAGCCGACCAGUUUCCCUAAUCCCCAUCAUAAUUCUGCCCAGGGAGCGACUGCUUCAAGCACAAGAGUCUUGGAACCUGGAGCAACAGCCUUUCCAGACAGAUGUGUUCAUCCCCCCCGCCGCCGAGAACAGGGCUGCCUAAUGGUGCGCUCUUAGCAUUAAAAAUGAAUGGGUAUAGUUGCUUCUGCACAAAUGCACAUUUUUGCAUCUGUGCAGUAGUACUUGUAGAGCCUCCUAACACCACCCCAUUUCAUUGAUUGGUCAAGAAUUGCGCUCUGGUUCUCAUGGGCGUUCUCGGACAUUCACGCACAUGCGCAAAAGUGGAAAUACACGAUUGGCUGGGAAUGAAGGAGGGGAUAUGGGGAAACACCCAAGGACGCCCCUGGAAUGCCUACAGUAGUAAACUCCGCAACAUUGCAUCUGAGUGCCAUAAAGGUAAGGCCAUUGCUUCCCACUUUAGGAAAGCAUAUCGCAUUUUCCAAGGAAACGCAAAUGUGGAUUUGCGCACCAAAAUCAGCAAAAACGACCAACAUCAUAUGGACCACGGAAAAUUAAUCAAUACACAAAGUGAUCAUAUUGCACAUUAUACAGUCAUUUGGACAAGCCCAAAGUAACCUCAGUAACUCUAAUACAUUGACACCCCCAAGUGGUUGCAAGGGGAAGAGUUGUGCUUCACCUCCUAAGAAAUCACCUGAUAAUCUAACACUUGCUGACAAGGUCUCUGAUUUUUAGUCAUUGAUGAAUUUACUCAGCAAGCAACAUGAGCUGAUUAAGAUUCAUAGAAUAGUAGAGUUGGAAGGGGCCUAUAAGGCCAUCGCGUCCAGCCCCCUGCGCAAUGCAGGAAUCCAAAUCAAAGCAUUCCCAACAGAUGGCUGUCUAGCUGCCUCUUGAAUGCCUCCAGUGUCGGAGAGCCCACUACCUCUCCAGGUAAUUGGUUCCAUUGUCAUAUGGCUCUAACAGUUAGGACGUUUUUCCUGAUAUCCAGUCAAAAUCUGGCUUCGUGCAACUUGAGCCCAUUAUUCCGUGUCCUGUACUCUGGGACGAUCGAGAAGAGAUCCCGGCCCUCCUCUAUGUGACAACCUUUCAUGUACUUGAAGAGUGCUAUCAUAUCUCCCCUCAGUCUUCUCUUCUCCAGGCUAAACAUGGCCAGUUCUUUCAGUCUCUCCUCAUAGGGCUUUGUUUCCAGUCCCCUAAUCAUCUUUGUUGCCCUCCUCUGAACCCACUCCAGUUUGUCUGCAUCCUUCUUGAAGUGCGGACACCAGAACUUGUAAGAGCCUGUUUACUAGUUGGGCAGACAAUAUUUCCCAUAUUAAGAAGUUCCUGCCUGAGUGCAAGGAGCUACUAAAAACUUUAAUAGAACUUGUGUUAGCUAAAUUGACUGAGGGUAGUAAAACCAACCCUAGAGUAUUUGAUUUAAAGGAGGAUUCUGAACAAAAGCCUACUUUACAUCCUGGAUUUUUAAGAGCAGAUGAGCCCUCAGUUCAAGCAAAUCAAAUAGGGCAUGAUGGUAUAAACUCUAGCAAAAGAACCACAGAUAAAAAUGCAACAGGCUUGGUUAAUGGGAAAUUGAAGCACAAAAAAACUAAGGUUCAAACCUGUUCUAUAAAAAAAUCUAAAAAUAUAUAAGUGACAGUCAGCAUGAAGAGCUUGUCCAGUGUGAACUUGAAUAGGCUGUUUAAGCUAUGGGACAAAAAUGACAAGAGAAAGGAGAAACAUCCUCCAAGACUCAAUAACAAAGUGAAUAAGGAUAUUCCCAAAAGUGUAUGUUUGACAAUGGAACCAAGCUUAUUUUGCCAACUACCCAAUAAUGAAGUUUCAGGUGUAUUACAGGACUCGUGGUCUAUCUCACAAGUGCCCUAUAAGGAUACCGCCUCUCAUCUGGAUUUAGCUGAUGAGUAUUCUCUACUGAUUCAUACCUUAGCAGAUAGAUUUUGGUAUUUACAGCUCCAGAAACACAACUUGGUAUUAAUUAAUUAUCCAAAGCCUAACGGUGCGCUUUCGCAACCUGAACGCAUAGCACACUGUAUACAGCUUAUAUCUGAUUUCUCCAAUAUAAUGUUAGACCCAGGUUCUAUUUGGAAGAUAGAAUAUCUUUCUUUUUAAAACUAUAAUACAGCUUGGACUAUUAUAACUUUUACAUCACCUGUUAUAGUGGCCAAAGUUUACAGGGCUAAAGAGUUACUCCAGAGUAAGGAGUUAGUGUAAGAAUUAAUUAAUUAAUUAAUUACCAGACCUGACCUUGCUGAACUUCAGCAGGGAGCUGGCCUUAUGUGCCUUCAGACCAUAGCCUGGGACCUAUGCAUUGGGCUUCACAAGCAUUGAUAAUCAGCUGAUUGUUGGCCCCACACACAUUGCUUCCCAAGCGCUAGUGCUCAUAGAAUCAUAGAAUAGUAGAGUUGGAAGGGGCCUAUAAGGCCAUCCAAUUCCCUGCUCAAUACAGGAAUCCAACUGAUUGACCAACUGAUGAGUUGAUUGUCAGCACUUGAGAAGUUCCAGUACAGCAGGAUCCUGUUUUCCCAGCAUGUUUCUAGCCUCAGGAGGCCACGUUGUCAUCCUCAGAUUCCACCCUAGAAGCCCAGCAGUGCUAUGGCUUCCCCUUCCCAUUAGAGUCAACAGCUACUGAAGUAGGUUAGACCCCUUUUACUGGACAGGCUUCACUCACCAGAGGCAUAACUAGUAAUCACCCAGAUGGAUUGCAUCUCCAACAUUCAGUCUGGAUUACCUUGUUGCUGAAGCAGUUUGAAUCUGCUUAUAUAACUCUCCAGCCUGAGAUUUGCACAGAGCUAUCCAAGGUGCUAUCUGUUUUCCUUGAAUCUGUCUUGCUUUCCUUGCCAGAACACAAAGUCAUGCCUAGCAUACCCCACCCUCCCAUGUUUGGGUUAGAGCUCCAUUUGGCUAAGACCUGGAGCAGAACUAUGCUUGGAAAUGAACUUUAGGAACAGCCGCUUCAAGUCUGUACCAGCAACUCAGCCAAGUGGGACACAGUGAAUAUGUGAUGUAUUGCCAGCAAAUGUCUAGGGUGGGAUGAGGAUCUGAAUUUGGCUCCUGGACCAUAUCAUUAUCUUCCCCCAAUCCCCUUAGGCCAAGUAUGAGAGGUGGACAGAAUCACCCACCCGCCAAACACUUGACAUCACAAUGUCAGGUGAGCCAUUUUUGUCUGCACAGUUUGAAAUUAAAUUGUACAGGGGAUGGUAAAGUUGAUAAAGUGCUACUGAUUAGGUCUUGUCAAGCACCAUGCAUAAUGCUUUGAAAGACACAAUGGUCAACUGAUUGUUAAGUCUCGUGCUAUGCAUUGGGCUUUGCAAGCACAAAUAAUCAGCUGGUUUUGGGCCCUUAAGAAGCCUUGUGCACAGUGGUUCCCAAGCACUGGUGAUCAACUGAUUGUCAACCUUUGAGAAGCCUUGUGCAAGGGGUUUUUGUAAGGCUUUGCAGACACUGCCUAUCAGCUGAUAGCAGCAAGCGAGGAGAAGGGAGAAGUGGCAAUGUUUGCCAGCCAGUGAGCAUGAUUGAUUGGUGAAUUUUGUGGUGAGGUUUCACAAUCUACCUCCCCUCUCCAUCUGCUACCUGAGCCAUGUGGCCCUGGCACCAACAGUGUUAUACCUAACCAUUCUGCAUAUCAAGCAUGCUUGCUCCACCCAGUUACUGGCACUUCACAAAUUAAAAAAUGUAUUGAAGGUUAUAAGGUAGGAAGAGAAGAAGUUAAAAUAUAAAGAAGACUGAGCCCCAUGGUGAAUUGUUGAUAAAUCUGGGGUGAGCCAGACCUUUGAGGCUAUUGAUCAUAAAAUUCCACCUUCUCCCCACUCAGAUGAGUCACUUCAGAAGUUGUCACAAUAUUGCAGAGCACAUAGAUGGGAGUAUAAUAUUAGGUGGUGAUUUAAAUUGUGUCAUAGGGUUAUUUAAUAUUAGCAUUUAGAUUAAAUAAAGGAUUGCACAAACAUAUUCAUACAGACC